AUGAUGGUAAAAGGCGAGAAUGGGCAAAGUUUCAGAGUCUUUUUCAAAUAUGAACACUUGCCAAAUAUCUGUUAUUUUUGUGGAUGUUUUGGUCAUGGGGAGAGGGAAUGUUCUGUGAGGUUGGAGGCACAAAUUUCCAUUAAUCAAAGGCCGCUGCAAUACGGCAGUUGGUUACAAGCUGUAGGGGAAAAGUCUAAAAAGAGAUAUGUGAACCAAAAGAUUGCAGUUGAUGCUGAUUUUGCUGAGAGUAAAGGGAACCGUGUGGCCGGAGAAGGAAGUAAGUCGCUGGAGUUAUAUGUCGAAACGUUGAAUGGGGAGGUCGGUGAUGGGACGAAAAUCCAAGAGGGGAUAGAAUAUAAUCACAUGGAUGAAGGGGAUAAUGGGCAGGAGCAUAUGAGUGAGAAGGUAAUGAUAGAAGGUGGGACAGGUCAGGAACAAACAGUCUGUGCUAAUUGUGCGGAAGCGGACUCUGUGGCUAAUAUAUCUCAAAUUUUGGAGGGAAAUCAAAAGGGUCAAAAUGGUCUUGGGUCCGGAUCAUCAGAUAUCCAAAUGCGUAAAGAACUGGUCGAGAAGGGGCCAGAUAAAGGAAAGGGGAUUUUAUUGGAGAAAAAAGAAAGAAAGGGGUCUUUGAAAUCUUGGAAGCGAAGAGCAAGGUUGCAAAGUGGUUCAACAAUAGAGCUGCCUGUAGUCAAGAAUGGCAUCAAGCAAAAGACAGCGACUUCUUCUACAUUGUUGGAGGAGGAAGUAUAG